CCAUUGGCAGGUGGAUUCCAAUCUGUACCGACGUCUCACCCAACACUGAAGGCUGUAAAUAGAAUCCGUCCUCCCCCCUCUCUUCUCCCAGAAUGGUAGCGCCUGGCUUUGAAUGCAUGUGUGCUUGUCAAAUGUAGGCAUUGCAGGAUUGCUCCUCGCCUCCCAUUCAUGUAACCUGCGGGCGCUUGACUUGCUAUGAGCCUGUGAAUCUCGCUGAAGAGAAGCCAAGGGAUCAGAAAGACACAAAAGGAAGGGGAGUGAAUAUAAAAAAUAAGCACAACCUCUGAGAUUCAGCUUGGACCCCGAAGUCUGGUCAAGGAAUCCUGUGUUUGUCUUUUAAAAGGGAAAAAAAACAAAACAAUCCGGGACAUCUGUUCCAGCAUUUCCAGGGGUUUUAGUUCUCCAGUGUUUUUGGAUCUUUGGCAGGAGAGAAGAGCGGAGCCGGGGGAGGCUGCAGAAUGGUAUGAUAAAUGACAUCUGAAGUUGUGGCUGUUGGACACCAACAUUUAGCAGAACAUUCAGCAUGCUGGAACUAAGAGGACAUAUAUAAAUAUAAACUGAUUGAACCAAGGAGGCACUUCUAAAGGAACCUCUCAACCGUCAUGGCACAGCGGAGAUGCAAAUGCACUGAAGGGGUCGUUGACUCAAGACUUGGCCAAGGACAUCACUCAUCUCUUCCUUAAAGUUUCUGUCUGAGGACUGAAGGAAAGCAGCACCCUGACAACUGUGUAUCACUCUCAAUGUAAUCUUCACAAGACCUUCCUUUUGGAUUUUCAUAGCAAUAUGGUGCCUUGUCGUACAUUUCUAUGACGUAAUUGCAGCAGAACCGAUCCCAAGAUCAGUAUCCUUGAAAAGACACCCCUUUUGUAACUGAAAGAUACUGAAAAUUGGUUGCCUGUUUAAUGGGUUCCCCCUAGAGACACAGAAAGAAGAAAUAGCUUCUGUCUAGACUUCCCUUCAAUGGUGAGACCAAGAAGUGUGUCAUGGAUGUGAAGGAAAGGAAACCGUACCGAUCUCUGACAAGACGCCGAGACACCGAACGACGUUACACCAGCUCCUCGGCCGAGAGUGAUGAAAGCAAGAUUCCCCAGAAAUCUUACAGCUCCAGUGAGACUUUGAAAGCUUACGACCAAGACUCAAGGCUGACCUACAGCAAUCGUGUGAAAGACAUGGUCCACCAGGAAAUCGAUGAAUUCUGUAGGUCAGGUGGCAGUUUCACUUUGCACGAACUGGGUCUCGGGGAAGUGUCACCCCCACAUGGAACUCUAUACCGGACGGAUCUUGGGCUGCCACACUGCGGCUAUUCCAUGAGCGAGGAAAAUUACGUUGACACGGAAGCAGACGCGGUUCUAUCUCCUGAGCACCCGGUCAGACUUUGGGGACGCAACACCAAGUCCGGCCGAAGCUCCUGUUUGUCCAGCAGAGCCAACUCCAACCUGACCCUCACAGACACCGAGCACGACAACACCGAGAAUGGUCCUCCCUUACAUUGUUCAUCUGCUUCAUCAAGUCCAAUUGAGCAAACCCCUUCCCCUCCCCCUAGCCCCGGAGCCAAUGGUUGCCAGAGGAGGCUACUAGUCAGCUCUGUGGCCCCCCCAGCAGCAGCAGCAGCAGCAGAAGAAGCGAACGAUUCAGACUCUGAAGGAGACUUUGUCCCUAAUUCCUUCUUAGUUAAAAGUGAUUCUGCAAACCUGGCUGUCCCUGCCAACGAUCAGCCGCUGGUUCUGCAGAAUCAUUUGAGACUACGAACGCCCCCACCGCCCUUAAGCCACCCGCAAAACCCCCACCAUGCGGCAUCCAUCAAUUCUUUGAACCGGGGCAAUUACACCCCACGUAGCAACCCUAGCCCCGCCCCCACGGACCACUCUCUGUCGGGUGAGCCCCCGGGCGGUGGCCAGGAGUCCGUCCAUGACAAUUGGCUGCUGAACAGCAACAUUCCCCUGGAGACCAGAAAGAUUGCAAAGCAAGUAUUCCUAGAGAGUUUGCAGGACAACCUCAUUGAGAUGGACAUUCUCCCCACCUCCCGACAUGACGCAGCUUACAAUGAUGGGCAUUUUCUGUUUAAGCCUGGAGGUACCUCCCCUCUGUUCUGCACGACGUCUCCUGGGUACCCCCUGACAUCCAGCACUGUGUACUCCCCUCCUCCGAGGCCGCUUCCUCGCAGCACUUUCUCCCGGCCGGCCUUUAACCUUAAGAAGCCGUACAAAUACUGCAACUGGAAAUGUGCCGCCCUGAGCGCCAUCAUCAUCUCCGUCACUCUGGUGAUCCUCCUGGCUUAUUUCAUCGCCAUGCACCUGUUUGGCCUAAACUGGCACCUGCAGCCGACGGAAGGGCAGAUGUAUGAGAUCACGGAGGACAGAGGCGGCAAUUGGCCAGUCCCAACGGACGUCACCUUGUACCCCUCAGGGGGAACGGGCUUAGAAUUACCUGAGAGGAAAGGCAAAGGAAGCAGUGAAGGUAAACCCAGCAAUUUGUUUCCCGAGGAAACAUUUAUCGACUCAGGGGAACUCGAUGUGGGCCGACGAGCCACCCAGAAGAUCCCUCCCGGAAUAUUUUGGAGAUCUCAGGUUUUCAUUGACCAUCCAGUGCAUCUCAAGUUCAAUGUCUCCUUAGGAAAAGCCGCGUUGGUUGGAAUCUACGGCAGAAGAGGCCUUCCCCCAUCCCACACACAGUUCGAUUUUGUGGAAUUGUUAGAUGGCCGACGUCUGCUGGUUCAGGAGGCCCGGGGCUUGGAAGUUCCACAGCGACUGCACAGAGUUAUUGCUCCUCUGUCCAGUCACGAGACGGGAUUUAUCCAGUACUUGGACUCUGGCAUAUGGCACCUUGCGUUCUACAACGACGGCAAAGAGUCUGAAGUUGUAUCUUUCCUGACAACUGCUAUUGAAUCUGUAGAUGACUGUCCCAGUAACUGUUACGGGAACGGUGAAUGCGUUGCUGGAAACUGCCACUGCUUUCUUGGUUUCCUUGGACCAGACUGUGGAAGAGCGUCGUGUCCCGUGUUGUGUAGUGGAAACGGACAAUAUAUGAAAGGUCGGUGCUUGUGCCACAGUGGCUGGAAAGGGGCAGAGUGUGACGUUCCCACAAGUCAGUGCAUCGAUGUUACCUGUAGUAACCACGGCACUUGCAUUAUGGGUACCUGCAUCUGCAACCCUGGGUACAAGGGCGAGAACUGUGAGGAAGUGGACUGCAUUGACCCGACGUGCUCUGGCCGCGGGGUGUGUGUCCGAGGAGAGUGUCACUGCGCAAUCGGCUGGGGAGGAGCCAGCUGUGAGAACCCACGAGCCACCUGCUUGGACCAGUGUUCUGGACACGGGACGUAUCAAACUGAGACUGGCGUCUGCUCAUGUGACCCCAACUGGACUGGACACGACUGCUCCACAGAGAUCUGUGCGGCAGAUUGUGGCGGCCAUGGCAUGUGCAUUGGAGGAAGCUGUCGCUGCGAUGAAGGCUGGAUGGGCACUGCCUGUGAUCAACGAUCUUGCCACCCGCGCUGCAACGAACACGGAACAUGCCGAGAUGGGAAGUGUGAAUGUAGCCCAGGGUGGAAUGGAGAGCAUUGCACUAUUGAGGGCUGCCCUGGACUGUGCAACGGGAAUGGAAAGUGCACCCUGGAUCUGAAUGGGUGGCAUUGUGUCUGUCUGGUGGGCUGGAGGGGACCCGGAUGUGACAUCUCCAUGGAAACAGCUUGUAACGACGGCAAAGAUAACGAUGCAGACGGCUUGGUGGACUGUAUGGAUCCGGAUUGUUGUUUGCAGCAUUCGUGUCAAAGCAACUCUUUGUGUCUGGGCUCACCGGACCCUCUGGACAUCAUCCAGGAGACCCAGGCCCCCGGGCCGCACCAGAACCUGAACUCCUUCUACAGUAGAGUGAAGUUCUUAAUAGGGAAGGACAGCACCCACUACAUCCCUGGAGAAAACCCAUUCAACGGAGGACAUGCUUGUGUCAUACGUGGUCAGGUGAUAACAUCAGAUGGGACCCCGCUUGUUGGGGUGAACAUCAGUUUUGUUGGAUCACCGGCCUUGGGCUACACUAUCAGCAGGCAGGAUGGAAGCUUUGAUCUUGUGACUAAUGGAGGAAUUUCCAUUACCCUCCGCUUUGAGCGGGCACCAUUUAUUACUCAAGAACACACUCUCUGGCUUCCGUGGGAUCGUUUCUUUGUAAUGGAGACCAUCACAAUGCGUCAUGAGGAGAAUGAGAUCCCCAGCUGUGAUUUGAGUAGCUUUGCCCGUCCCAACCCGGUGCUCUCUCCUGCACCCCUCACUGCAUUUGCCAGCUCCUGCUCAGCAAAAGGCCCCAUUGUACCUGAAAUCCAGGCCCUACAAGAGGAAAUUCAGAUCCCAGGAAGUAAAAUCAGACUCAGUUAUCUCAGCAGCCGAAACGCCGGUUACAAAUCUGUGCUGAGAAUCAGUCUGACCCAUCCUACCAUCCCCUUCAACCUAAUGAAAGUUCACCUGAUGGUGGCCGUGGAGGGGCGUCUCUUCCGGAAGUGGUUUUCCGCAGCACCUGAACUCUCUUACUUUUUCAUUUGGGAUAAGACCGACGUGUACAGCCAAAAGGUUUAUGGACUGUCAGAGGCUUUUGUCUCUGUGGGGUAUGAAUAUGAAUCCUGUCCAGACCUGAUCCUCUGGGAGAAGAGAACCGCCGUGCUUCAAGGCUAUGAAAUAGAGUCGUCUAAGCUGGGUGGUUGGUCUCUGGACAAGCAUCAUGCUCUCAAUAUACAAAGUGGCAUCCUGCACAAGGGCAACGGAGAGAACCAGUUCAUAUCCCAGCAGCCCCCUGUGAUUGGCAGCACCAUGGGAAAUGGGCGCAGAAGGAGCAUCUCUUGUCCCAGCUGUAAUGGGCUUGCGGAUGGGAACAAACUAUUAGCUCCUGUUGCUCUGACAUGUGGACCAGACGGAAGCAUUUACGUGGGUGAUUUCAACUACAUCAGAAGGAUUUUCCCAUCGGGAAAUGUCUCCAGCAUCUUAGAACUAAGAAAUAAAGAGUUCAGACAUAGCCACAGCCCAGCACAUAAAUAUUAUCUGGCCACCGACCCAAUCACAGGGGCCGUUCUACUCUCAGACACCAAUAGCCGGCGGGUUUAUAAGAUCAAGUCAAUGAAUGUGGUCAAGGAAUUUGCCAAGAACUCAGAGGUCAUCGCUGGAACUGGAGACCAAUGUCUUCCCUUUGACGAUACACGAUGCGGAGAUGGAGGCAAAGCUACCGAAGCCUCUCUCAACAACCCGAGAGGCAUCACGGUAGAUAAAUUCGGGCUGAUUUACUUUGUUGAUGGGACGAUGAUCCGUCGCAUUGACCAGAAUGGCAUCAUCUCCACCUUGCUGGGAUCCAACGACCUGACCUCCGCCAGGCCUCUCAGCUGCGACUCUGUAAUGGAUAUUUCCCAGGUUCGACUGGAAUGGCCAACAGACUUGGCGGUAAAUCCCAUGGACAACUCGCUGUAUGUCCUUGACAACAAUGUGGUGUUACAGAUCUCUGAAAACCAUCAGGUGCGCAUUGUAGCAGGAAGACCAAUGCAUUGCCAGGUCCCAGGGAUUGACCAUUUUCUGCUGAGUAAAGUGGCCAUCCAUGCUACCCUGGAAGCAGCCGUGGCGUUGGCUGUGUCACACAACGGGAUUUUGUACAUUGCUGAAACUGACGAGAAAAAGAUCAACAGAAUCAGGCAGGUCACCACCAACGGGGAAAUCUCAUUGGUUGCCGGGGCCCCCAGUGGAUGUGACUGCAAGAACGAUGCCAAUUGUGAGUGCUUUUCUGGGGACGAUGGUUAUGCCAAGGACGCAAAAUUAAAUUCCCCAGCAUCCCUUGCUGUUUGCGCAGACGGUGAGCUUUAUGUAGCGGAUCUGGGAAAUAUACGGAUACGAUUUAUCCGCACCAACAAGCCUUUCCUCAACAGUCACAAUAUAUAUGAAGUUUCAUCUCCCAUCGAUCAGGAGAUGUAUCUGUUUGACACCACGGGGAGACACCUUUAUACCCAGAGUCUCACCACCGGGGAUUAUCUCUACAACUUCACAUACACCGGCGAGGGAGAUUUAACCCUCAUCACCGAUAACAAUGGAAAUACUUUAAAUGUAAGACGGGACUCAACCGGAAUGCCUCUUUGGUUGGUCGUACCUGAUGGACAAGUCUACUGGUUGACUAUAGGUACAAACAGCGCUCUAAAAAGUGUGUCUGCGCAAGCUCAUGAGUUGGCCAUGAUGACUUACCAUGGGAAUUCUGGUCUGCUCGCUACUAAGAGCAAUGAAGAUGGUUGGACAACAUUUUAUGAAUAUGACAGCUUUGGGCGUCUGACCAAUGUUACCUUCCCAACGGGGCAAGUCAGCAGUUUCCGCGGUGACACAGACAGUUCGGUACAUGUCCAGAUGGAGACGUCGAAUAAGGAAGAUGUCACCAUAACGACCAAUUUGUCCGCCUCUGGGGCCUUUUACACUCUACUACAAGACCAAGUACGGAACAGCUAUUACAUUGGCGCCGACGGAUCUCUCAGGCUUAUUUUGGCUAAUGGCAUGGAGGUGGCCUUGCAGACUGAGCCUCAUCUUUUGGCUGGGACCGUGAACCCCACUGUUGGCAAAAGGAAUGUCACGCUGCCCAUAGACAAUGGGCUCAACCUGGUAGAGUGGAGGCAACGGAAGGAGCAAGCAAGGGGACAAAUCACUGUGUUUGGGCGCAGACUGAGGGUGCACAACAGAAACUUGCUCUCUCUUGACUUCGACCGGGUUACAAGAACAGAGAAGAUUUAUGACGAUCACCGCAAGUUUACCCUGAGAAUCCUGUACGACCAAGCGGGCCGGCCAAGCCUUUGGUCUCCGAGCAGCAGGCUCAAUGGAGUCAAUGUCACCUACUCACCCGGGGGGCAUGUAGCAGGGAUUCAGAGGGGGACGAUGUCCGAGAGAAUGGAGUAUGAUCAAACUGGAAGGAUCAUUUCCCGCACAUUUGCUGAUGGCAAAACAUGGGGCUACACUUAUCUAGAGAAGUCCAUGGUGUUGCUCCUGCAUAGCCAGAGACAAUACAUAUUCGAGUUUGACAAGAACGAUCGCUUAUCUUCUGUCACAAUGCCCAAUGUUGCAAGACAAACCAUGGAGACUGUCCGUUCUAUCGGAUACUACAGGAAUAUCUACAGGCCUCAUGAGGGCAAUGCCUCUGUGAUGCAGGACUACUCAGAAGAAGGGCAGCUCCUGCAAACCCUCCACAUGGGCAUGGGGAGACGUAUCAUUUACAAAUAUGGAAAGCUGUCCAAACUUGCAGAGAUCUUGUAUGACACCACCAGAAUUGCUUUCUCCUACGACGAGACUGCCGGCAUGCUGAAGGCCAUCAACCUGCAGAAUGAGGGAUUUACUUGCAUUAUAAGGUACAGGCAAAUUGGACCUUUGAUUGAUAGGCAAAUAUUUCGCUUUACGGAGGAAGGCAUGGUAAAUGCCCGAUUUGACUACAACUACGACAACAGUUUCAGGGUCACCAGCAUGCAGGCCGUCAUUAAUGAGACGCCUUUACCUAUUGACCUGUACAGGUAUGAUGACGUCUCAGGCAAAACGGAGCAGUUUGGUAAAUUUGGAGUGAUCUAUUAUGAUAUUAACCAAAUCAUCACCACGGCUGUUAUGACUCAUACAAAACACUUUGACACAUAUGGAAGAGUUAAGGAGGUGCAGUAUGAGAUUUUCAGAUCCCUUAUGUAUUGGAUGACUGUCCAGUAUGAUAAUAUGGGUAGAGUCGUGAAAAAAGAGCUGAAAGUAGGUCCCUAUGCAAAUACUACCAGGUACUCUUAUGAGUAUGAUUCUGAUGGGCAGCUACAAACUGUGUCUAUUAAUGAUAAGCCGCUGUGGCGUUACAGUUAUGAUCUGAAUGGAAAUUUGCAUUUACUGAGCCCCGGGAACAGCGCUCGCCUCACGCCCCUCAGAUACGACUUGAGGGAUAGGAUCACAAGAUUAGGAGAUGUCCAAUACAGGAUGGAUGAAGAUGGAUUUUUGAGACAGAGAGGUGGGGAUGUGUUUGAGUACAGUUCUGCUGGUCUUCUGGUUAAAGCUUACAACAAGGCUGCGGGCUGGAGCGUAAAAUACCGCUAUGAUGGGCUUGGAAGGAGAGUCUCCAGGAAAACAAACUUGGGACACCACUUGCAAUUUUUCUAUGCAGAUCUUGCAAAUCCAACCCGUGUGACCCAUUUCUACAACCACUCAAGUUCCGAGAUUGCCUCCCUGUAUUAUGACCUUCAAGGGCAUCUGUUUGCGAUGGAACUGAGCAGCGGGGACGAGUUCUACAUUGCAUGUGACAACAUCGGGACACCCCUGGCCGUCUUCAGUGGAACGGGGCUGAUGAUCAAGCAGAUUCUGUACACUGCCUAUGGUGAAAUCUACCUUGACUCUAAUCCUGGAUUCCAAAUCAUUAUUGGUUACCAUGGUGGCCUUUAUGAUCCGCUGACUAAGCUUAUCCAUAUGGGCCGGCGGGAAUAUGAUGUUUUAGCUGGGCGAUGGACAACCCCCGACCAUGACAUAUGGAAGCGAUUGAGUACCACCAACGUAAUGCCGUUCAACCUCUACAUGUUCAAGAACAACAACCCAGUGAGCAAUGCUCAAGACACCAAAUGCUACAUGACAGAUGUGAACAGUUGGCUGCUGACUUUCGGCUUUCAGCUGCACAACGUCAUCCCUGGAUACCCGAAACCAGAUAUAGAUGCCAUGGAGCCGUCCUAUGAACUCAUCAACACGCAGAUGAAGACUCAAGAGUGGGACAACAGCAAAUCUAUUUUGGGUGUUCAGUGUGAGGUGCAGAAACAGCUAAAGGCAUUCGUCACCUUGGAGCGAUUUGGUCAGAUUUACGGCUCCACCAUCGCCGGCUGUCACUUGGAAUCAGAGAGCAGGAAGUUUGCCUCCCUUGGCUCCAUCUUUGGAAAGGGCGUCAAGUUUGCCAUGAAAGACGGAAGGGUAACCACCGAUAUCAUCAGUGUCGCUAAUGAGGAUGGAAGGAGAAUUGCUGCUAUUUUGAACCACGCCCAAUAUCUGGAGAACCUGCACUUCACCACCGAUGGCGUUGACACCCAUUACUUCAUCAAACAGGGACCUUCAGAGGGCGACCUCUCUAUACUCGGCCUCACCGGCGGGAGAAGAACAUUGGAGAACGGUGUAAAUGUUACAGUUUCCCAAAUCAACACAGUUCUUGGUGCAAGGACUAGACGUUAUACUGAUAUUCAGCUCCAGUAUGGCACGCUAUGCUUAAACACACGAUACGGGACCACGUUGGAUGAAGAAAAGGUCCGUGUACUGGAACUGUCCAGGCAGCGGGCGGUAACUCAAGCUUGGUUGAAAGAGCAGCAAAGACUGCGGGAUGGGGAGGAGGGGACACGUGUUUGGACAGAAGGAGAGAAGCAACAGUUGCUGAGCACGGGUCGGGUGCAGGGCUAUGAUGGUUACUUUGUUAUUUCGGUGGAGCAGUAUCCAGAACUCUCAGACAGCGCCAACAACAUCCACUUUAUGAGACAGAGUGAAAUGGGCAGAAGGUGACAGAGAGGGGUGAUGUGUUGACUUCUUGCCAAAGACAGCUACGGUUGUGGCCACAUACCUGAACUGUGUUGGAACCAAUCCUUUUUUUUUAAUAGACAUGAAAGAGGAGAAGCUCAUUCUGUUGCACUGCUAAUCCGGCAACGUUUAUCUCCCACCACCACAACCACCACCACCUUGGUUUCCUUUCUUUUAUACGUUUUGCAAUGAACGGGAAGUGUUUUGCUGUAGCGUCAUCACAGUGAGUUUUUUUUUUAAUACCCCCCUACCCUUAAGGGAGGAGUGUCACCAUGACAUUACCAGGUGUGAAGUGCAAAAAUGGAUGUUUCUAAUAAUUUGUAUCAUCGGCUCUUGAGCAGGGAAGAACUCGUCUUGAAAAGUGGGGGGGGAGGGGAAAACAAAAAAGUAAAAAUUUGCCUUGAUUUAACCAAAACUGCUCAUCCUCAUUUCCUUUGUCUCUCAUGAUACAGCAGCAGUAUGUGACGGAAUGAAUCUCUGCCCCAAUGUGUUGCAAAUGAUAGUAUUUCCCCAACAGGUCUGGAUGACGCUUGAGACUGACUCAUGUUCCUUUAUGGACAAGAUGUGACGGGCUGGCAAGACCUGUCUUUAAAAAAAAACAAAUAUGAAUUGUGUGCCGCUAGAGAACAGCAGUACCUUCUCCAUCUUCACUUGGGACAAUAAGUGUUUUUGGGCUCCUAGUGCACAAGAAUGUUCAGUAGGAUCAGGAAGUAGACCUGGAACCUACCGCUGAAAAGGUUCUCCCAGUAGAUAAUGUCUGCCUGGUUUGGUUGCAAAGCUGAAGUCUUCUUGUGGGUUUUGUAUAGUUUCUUAUUCAUUGUUGAUGUCCUGAUCUGAAUACAUGCUUUCCUUUUCUGAAGGAACAACUCAUUGGCUUCACGUUCCAUGUAUUAGUGCUUUAACUGUUGUCAUGUGUACUGUGUACAUCUUACAGAAUGCUUCAUGCCUACUCAUGAGUUAAACAACUAAACGACAUGGCUUUCCUUAAGCCUUUGUCUCCCCUCUUAAUUCUGGAACUAACGGAAUCUUUCUUGCCCUUGGGUGAUGUUGGGCUCUACUUGGGAGAUCUACAAGGCCUUAAUUAAUAAACCACUAACUGUUUUUAGAAUGCACUUGGGUGUCCAGCAAGGGCUGGAUCAUUGAUCCAACAACUAUUUUUUGGAUGCACUUGGGUACUCAACAAGGCCUGCUUCAAUGAGCCACCUACUGUAUCAAUUCCCACUUACAGUAUCAACAAAGCACCUUUCCUCUUUAAGACCACCCACCCACCAACUGUUCCACCUUUAAGGCCACAUUUUUUUGACUUUAAAGGUGGUAGCAACAAGAGGACUGGAAACUGUGCCAGAAAGUUAGUGGAUCCAUCUUUGAUUCACCAUUUCCAUCUUUGAGUAGUUCUAUCAUUUUUUUUUAUCUAUUUAAUUUAUUAAGAAACUUGUUGAGUGGAGAUAAAUGCCUUUCAGCAGAGAGAUAAAAUCAUGUAGAGGAGCUCAUACUAAUCACAGGGCCAGGCUUAGAGAAGAGGAGCAAACAAUUGUGGUUUGGUUAAAAGAUGCUCAAAUUGUGUUGCUCAACUCUAAAUUUUUUCCAUUGGACCCCCUAUCCUAAAGCUGGCCCUGCCUAAUUGUCAGUGACAGAUUUAAAAAAAAACCUGGUGUGAGUCCAAAAUGAUCAUUCUGCAGCCGUAUUUGGUUACACACAAUUCCAAGCAUCAUGCUAAGUAACUUGCCGCGUCACAGAACAAUUCCGGUGUAGAUAUAGUUAUGGGGACCCCGUUCCCUAACAAAGAUCGUUAUAUCCCUCCCAUUUCUAUGGAAGGAAUUAGAAAAGUUAUUUU